GCCAAAGGCGCGCGCCUCUUUUCUUACAAAACCCCUUAAGUGGAAGCCAUGUUUUCCAUUAUGAAGUAAAAUUGCAGAGGAUCAAAAGCUAAAAAAGGAGCUAAGCGAAAUGAAUCAGAUGAGCAACAGACGUGAACUAACCAUAGAUCAAAGAAGAGCAAAGAACGAGCGUGAUCGCCGACCCCGCCGAGAACAUAAGCUGGAGGUCGAGAAACUACGGAACUUGGUGGACGAAUUGCAGGCCUUAUUGACGACGCAGAGAAAUGAAAAUAGGUUCGUAACAGAGGAGAAUGAAAGGCUCAAUGGUAAGAUGUUAUAUCUCAAAGACACCAUACGUCAGCUACAUGAACAUGAACGGGAACUAGAAGAACAGAAUCGAGGACUACAAGAAACUAUGAAUAUAGCUGACUCAUAUCUUGCACUUGAUCUAUUUCGGAGUCCAAAUGAAGAAGUUGCAAAUAAUGAGACUAUUAUCACUCAUGGCCCGGAGAGUACUCAAAGUACCAUACGGUAUGCUGAUGAGCUUGUGGAGGAUUUUACUAAGAAACUUGAUGCGAAGGAAAAGAGCAACUUGGAAUUUUCUGAUUUUGAUGAUUGGAGGAGGAGCUGAGAACAAGUGGGAUAAACAGUUUACCACCAUCUCUGGCCCUAGUUGAUUCAAGCAUCAAGGAGACCUUUGGUGAUAUUUCUGAUGGAAGCAAACAGAGCAACUGUAUGGCUAUGCCUAUCCGUAUUGUGUUCUGUGCUGCAAUCAGAGAGAUGUGUAACUUAAAACUUUGCCAAAUUGAUGAAAGAAAAAUCUUAUUAUGGAGAGAUGCAAUUAACAGUGCUCUAACAUCAAUUUCAAAGUGGAGUUUGCCGUACACUUGAAGAAAAUUGCUAGUGCAUACUUUGGUUUAAUUGCAAGGAGAGAGAAAACCAAUGAUUCAGAGCUCAAGAGCAUAGAGCAGAGGAUUUCUGAGCUAUUGUUUGAACAGCGUGCCUUGGAGGCAAAGCGAGCUCAGAAAGUAGAAGAGUGGAAUUCUGAGAUGAGGAAGCAGUGUCUGCUUGAUGCAGAGUAUUUUGAGGGCAAGUAUCUGAGCACUGGUCUAUUGCAUUAGCAUCCUUCUUCCAGCUAGAUGAUUGGAUACACUUCUUCCAGCACAUUGUAUACCUCCGUUAUGAACUUUGAUAGUAUUACAAUACUGAUGAAGGGAAUUUUAUCCUCACCCAACAUGUUAAUGUAUCUAGCAUUUUGUUAAGAGUUGCAUUACCUUUUCUAGAAAUUCCAAGCUUUGUGUAUCUAGCAUGUGUUAAGAGUUUCAUAUCCUUUUGUAGAAAGACCAACCAUUGCGUAGCAUUUGUUAAAAGUUGCAUUCCUUUUUAACAAAGGCCUCAGCCACAGGUCUUAGGGAGACUAAAGACACUAAAGCUUGUAAAAGUUUGUGCUGUUAGAUAGUAGCAUAUUUUGACUUCACCUCGAAAAAAUGCAUAUCUUAUUUAGCUUCUUCAAGAGAUGUUGAUAGAUGUAAAAUCAUUCAGAGAGGAAGCGAAAACAAAGGUAUUAAAAGAUGAGUAAUACAUCCUAUAUUUUGACAGAAUAAUUAGCUGGAAUCUGGUAGUUUGAAAUCACAUGGAAACCAAUACAUGUUUCUUUGUUUUCCUUAAUCAGCAGCAGCUGGAACCACUGAAGGAUUCCUCUGAUGAUCCAUAACAUAUACAGGAUAUAUCCGGAUAAUAACAAAUUAUUUGUACUUGUAAC